AUGAACGGUAAUUAUAACGCUAUCGAGGACGAUAUGGCGGAAUUGUUUGUCGAACAAGCAAUCUCUCAAGUCUCUCUCAACGAACUCCAAAAUGUAGAGGAGUGCAGUCGACCAGUGUCAAUCCACGAUAUAUGUGCGAACACGGACGUGUCGCGACCAACAGAGCCGGAAAAUAUGGGGAGGAGGCACCAAGUGUUGGAUUCAGAAGGGGAGGAUGAAGAUGAUGAGGAGGAAGUCCUCGUGUACUCGACACAGAUUGAUCUGUCAGAACAAACUCACCGCUCCACGAUGGCAGUUAUACAGGAGGAAGAUGUUCUCACAUCAGUAGACAUUGAUCGCCGUGUCUCCCUUCCACUCUUAGGCGCUAGUGGUACGGAGAACAGUAAAAGAAUUACCUUGUCCAAAGCAGCAAGUCACAGUGGCGUCGGAAGUACUAACUCCAUGCAGAAAUUUAUCCAAAUGUUCUCAUGGAAACGACGCACCAAGUCCGACACCAGCAAUCCUGGAAACCUGCCCGAGCUACAAGAGGAAGGAACAAAACCAGAUCAAGAAGGAAAUAGGUCGGAGCGGAGAGGGUUAUUUGGAAACAGAAAACAGCAGAAUCGAAACCGCCAAAGAAAGAGACAAGAAGUGGCGCCAAAUGUUCAUCUCACAAGCGGGGAGACCCCUCCUGCUAUGACCCCAAAAGUUUUCCAGACUUUCUUUCACAACGCGGUGGAGGGUCGAAAGGAUAUUCCAGCCAACACAGAUGAUGAUGACACCAUAGAUUUUUCAAGUUAUAUAUUGUAA